UGAGCUGGUAGAUAAGUUACCUUCAAGCUGAGGUCACUUCACCCACUCACUCUUGACAACUUUAUUUGUUGAAAACACCGGCGUUAGGAUGAUUUUACGUGGCUAACCCGCGACUUUACGUGAAGGGAGCAGAGAGCAAGUUUAAAUUGAGGGAGUUAGCCUACUCUGAAUAUAAAGUGACAGUUCAUGUGUUGAAGUUAAGGACGGCUUGACAUGGACGAGCGGGACACCGCAGCUAUCCUAUCCGGAGAUGUGCUCAGCGCCACUUCCACCGAGGAAGAACUUUCCACGUAUGGCUCAUGUGGACUCAAAGAUGAGGCUGCUGUCUCGACCACCCGCUCCUGGCGACCACCGUUUACAUGCCCGCUGCCGCUGACUGUAGAGCCGGUCAUGUUCCUCUCCAUGUUUUCAAUUGCCCUGCAGUCUCCAUUGGCCACUCAGUAUGUGUGGGACCGAGUCAGCGAUGAUAUCGGUUACAAUGGCUCCAGGAGGUUGAGCUGCAAUGGCUCCUUGACCCCGGACCCCCUUCAAGAGCAAGUACAAACCUUGACAGCCCACUGGAACCUGUACAUCAGCCUUGGGGGCUUUUCUGUAGGCAUACUGGUGGUGCCUCUCCUAGGAUCUUGGAGUGACAGUGCAGGUCGUAGACGUGUCCUCAUCAUCCCUAACCUAGGCAUGGCCGUCCAAGCGGCGGUUUACCUCGUAGCCAUGUACCUGAAGCUACCGCUGAUCUGGUUUCUUAUCGGCAGACUGCUUAGUGGCCUCACAGGGGAAUUCAAUGCUGUCGUGGCUGCCUGCUUCUGUUAUGUUGCGGACAUCAGUGACAAAAAAUCCCUCACCCUCAGGGUGGCAGUCUUGGAGGCUUGUCUGGGCCUUGCAGGGAUUCUAGCCAGCGUUAUAGGUGGGCAGUGGCGAAAGGCUCAAGGGUACAUCAACCCGUUCUGGCUGGUCCUAGCCACUAACUUGGCCACAGCUCUGUAUGUUUACCUGUUUGUCCGUGAGUCUGUCCCGCUAGACCCAAAUGCCAAGCUCCUAACCUACCGCCAUCAUAAAACCGUCUGGCAACUCUUUUCGACAGGAGGCAUCAGCGGUCAGACAAAGGGAAGCUUUCACAGAUACAGGCUGUGGCUGUACAUGCUGAGCUUCUUCCUGGUGGUGACCAUACACUUUGGCAGUAGGGACUUGUAUGUGCUUUAUGAGCUGAGCUCACCGCUGUGCUGGGGCUCUGCCCUGAUUGGCUACGGAGCGGCAGCUCAGCAGAUGGCCUACCUCACCAGUCUGAUGGGGCUGAAGCUCAUGCAGCACUGCCUGAAGGACUCCUGGGUGGCUGUCGUGGGUCUGGUCUCUAACAUCUCUGGUCUGCUGGUUCUCUCUGUGGCUGACACCACCCAGCUCAUGUUCACAGGUUAUGCUCUGUUGUUCCUCUUCAUGGCUCCGUUGCCCGUGCUCAGGUCAAAGCUGUCUAAUCUGGUGGCCCAAUCAGAACAAGGCGCCCUGUUUGCAUCUGUUGCCUGUUUGGAUAGCUUCUGUUUUCUUGUGGGCAGUGGCCUCUUCAACUCACUCUAUCCACUCACGCUGAAUUUCAUGAAGGGUUUCCUUUUCCUCUGUGCUGCCAUUCUCCUCUUCAUCCCCGCUGGGAUAAUUGGUUUCAUGCAGUGUUUCGACUCCAAGAAAGGCCACAGAGACUCCUUGGUGUCCUGACCUGAAGAGAGAGAGCGAGAGAGAGAGAGAGCGAGAGAGGGCAAGAACCUGUCAGAGAGUUAAAGGUGAGGUGAGUAGCUCUGACACACAUGACCUGAUGUGUUUGGAGAGACUUUUGAUUUUGACACAGUGACGGAGAAGCUGACUGCUAUCGGGAUUCUUCAUCUUAGUCACAGGAAGGUGAUCAAGACCCAACCAAGAAUGAACCUACAGUACUGACUUACAUUAUGCAUAAACUCCUCUGCUAUUAUGAUGAAAUAGUGGAGAAUGAGGGCCUUUCUAAAUCAUUCAUUAUCCUAAAAAACAAACCAUUGUGUUCAGAUAUUUCAUCAAGACAUUUAUUGAUGUUUGAGACUCAAAACGAUUUACACUUGACUGAAUAAGCUUAACAGAAGUUGUUAAAAAUAAAGCAUAUCAAACCAUAUGGGUAUUAUGUAAUGUAUUUAAAUGAUUUAUAGUAACAUUUCAGUCACCUGACACAGGUGUGCUUCCCUAAAAACAAGCACUGCCUAAAGAAGGCAGUUUUUAAUGACAAAAGGAUAAGCAUAUAAGCAAUAAGCUUGUUGGAAAUAAUCACCUUUAUUGCUAGCCCACUGUUAUACUGAUGUUUAUUAGUCUUGAGUCUUUUACUCAACAAGUAUUCUGACUUUUUUGUUUGUUUUGAUUUUGUAUGUUUUUAUAUCUAAACAUUCUUUUCCAAAAUGUUUCUUGUAAGCUGCGAGAGUAUAAUGUGUAGAAUAGUUCAUUAGCCAUGAUAAAGCCUCAUCAUUUCUCUGAAGAUGAAUACACCUUGAAUUGUAGUGGAAAUAUAAAAGAUUGCUUAGUUUCUGCAGAUUUUGAAGCCUAUUUGUACACACAGAUAGAUAGAUUGCAUACAUACAAAUACAAAACUAGGAUAAGGAUAUUGCCAAAGAAAUCACAGUAUUUCUAAAAAAAAAUUAAAAAAAAGGACACAUGACAUGUUGACUGGAAAAGCAAAGAACCACUGAUGUACCAAUAAGUGGACAACCCGCUCUAUCUCACUUAUAGUCUAUGGAAGUUGAGAAAGUGAAAUUCCCAAAAGGUGGGUGAACAUUAGUGUUUGUAAAAUAUAUAAGAUCUAAAUAUACGUUCAUUCAGCUCAAAGGUUAGCGGCUGGAUUUGAUGAACAGUAAGAUUUGGCUGUUUUUACCGACCACGUUCACACUCUUUUUCUGUGUACAGAGUUAGAGAGUGUUUGAGCAUUUCAUUUUUUUCUGCAACUCAAUGCUUCUACUGAACAACAAUGACAGUUGUUUUUGUACCUUUCCCUUCUUACAUAACGUUACUACUUAGUUUAUAAUGCCACAGG